CCUUCGAAAUGACGUCAGAGAAGUCAGGAAGUAGAUCGGCUUACCUUCGCACAUGGUGAAAAUGGCUGCGAAUGAAGAAAAACAACAAGGCCACAGACCCGGCGUUUACAAACAGAAAAAUAAGGGACACAAACAUGGCAAACACAGGACGAAAGGAGAAAUCGAAAGAGAAAACAAAGGCAGGGUGUCAGUGACGACCCUUACUAAAAAACAGAGGAAAGAGCUGGGGAAGAUGGACAGACGACAUAAAGCCAAUCAGCUUCGGAAAACGAAGAAAGACCAGGUUCUGAUGGAAAAGCGGCGACUUGGCAGCAGGGACGGUCCUCCUCACCUAGUAGCCGUGGUGUCCCUGCAUGCUAAUGCUGACGCCGGGGCGGUUAGCAAACUGCUACGUGGUGAAGGCGCUGGGGGCGUGGUGCACCUGGAGCGAUGCGUCAGUGGCGUCGGAGACAGUUUUGGACUGAUUGUGCCUCGCUUCAAACAGAGGUUCACAUUUCUAAACCAGAGCACAGAUGACAUGCACUCCCUGCUGGAUGUUGCCAAGGUUGCAGACAGCCUGGUGUUUGUCCUGGAUUCAACUGAAGGCUGGGACACUUACGGAGAUCAUUGUCUGUCCUGUCUCUUCGCUCAGGGCCUCGCCAGCCAUGCUCUGGUGUGUCAGGGUUUGUCUGACAUCUCUGUGAAGAAGAGGGUCGAUUUCAGAAAAGCUCUAUCAAAGAUCACAGAGGUCCGCUUCCCGGACAGCCGCCUCUUCCCGUUGGACUCGGAUCAAGACGCCACCCUCCUCCUCAGACACCUGGGAAGCCAGAGGCAACGAAAGCUGGGCUUCCGUUCCAGACGCUCCCAUCUUUUGGCUGAGCGCGUGGCGUUCACGCCAAAUGGCCCUAUGGAAGGGAGUGGCGGCGGAGGGCCCAGCGGCCUGGGGACCCUGCGCGUGUCCGGGUAUGUCCGAGGUUGUGCCCUCCACGCCAACAGACUGGUGCACAUCAGCGGGCAUGGGGACUUUCAGCUGAGUCAGAUCGACGCUCCGCCGGACCCUCUGCCCCUCAACCUGACCACAGUCAGAGCGACAAAACCUGGAAGGGGAAGAGAUGUGGAGAUGCAGGACGGAGAUGAAAGCGAGGCGCCGGUGCGGGUCCUGAUGAAGGCAGACCCGUCCAGCCGGGAGAGUCUGCAGGUGGAGGCGGCGGUGGACCCCAUGGAUGGAGAGCAGACAUGGCCGACCGAACAGGAGCUGCUCGACGCUGAAGAGGCCAGAAAGAACAAGCGUGUGAUGAAAGUUCCUAAGGGAACGUCUGACUACCAGGCCACAUGGAUCAUUGACGAAGAUGAGGAGGAGGAGAACGGUGAGACGGAUGAAGAAAGCAGUGAUGACGAUGAUGGCGAUGACCUAAUGGACGAAGCUAUGGAUGGAGAAGAUGAGGAGAAUCACUCUCAGGAGACUGGUUCCCAAGCUGCUUCGGAGGACGAAGACGACGAAGAGGAGGAGGAAGAGGAGGUGUUAUCCACAGAGAGAGGUGGAGCAGAUCAGCGGUACGACGACAACAUGGACGAAGCAGCAGAAGAAGAAGGCCUGAAGCGCUACCGGGAAGCUCGAUCACACGAGUUGUUUCCUGAUGAGGUGGACACGCCCCUCGAUGCUCCAGCUAGGAUCAGAUUUCAGCGCUACAGGGGCCUGAAAAGUUUCCGUUCCUCGCCUUGGGACCCCAUGGAGAACCUGCCUCUGGAUUAUUCACGCAUAUUCCAGUUCCAGAGCUUCGAACGUACUCGCCGUAGAAUCCUGGCGGAGGCUGCGGCCGACGAGGAUGGAGCCAUGGACGGCUGGUAUGUCACGCUGCACAUCAUUGAUGUUCCUGUCUCCGUCAUGGAGAGCGUCCAGUCUGGCAAGCCCCUGGUGCUGGUGUCUCUGCUGCCACAUGAGCAGAAGAUGUCAGUGAUGCACCUCUUGGUGCAGAGGCACCCCAGCAACACAGAGCCAAUCAAGUCCAAGGAGGAACUGGUAUUCCACUGUGGAUUUCGAAGGUUUCGGGCCUCCCCUAUAUUCUCUCAGCACACUACAGCUGACAAGCAUAAGAUGGAGCGCUUCCUGAGGCCGGAUGCCCCCACCGUGGUGUCGGUGUAUGCCCCCAUCACCUUCCCCCCUGCAGGAGUGCUGCUCUUCAAACAGAGAAACGACGGCGUCCAGGACCUGGUGGCUACAGGUAGCCUGCUCAGCUGCGACCCCCGGCGCGUCGUCCUGAAGCGGAUCGUGCUGAGCGGACACCCGUUCAAAAUCAACAGGCGUUCAGCCGUCGUCCGCUACAUGUUCUUUAACAGAGACGACAUCAUGUGGUUCAAACCGGUGGAGCUGCGGACAAAAUGGGGCAGGAGAGGCCACAUCAAGGAUGCUUUAGGAACUCACGGUCACAUGAAAUGUGUAUUUGAUAAUCAGCUUCGCUCCCAGGACACCGUCCUAAUGAAUUUGUACAAGAGGGUGUAUCCUCGCUGGACGUAUGACCCGUACGUUCCCUCGCAGUUACCUUGGUUCAAGAAAGAGGUGACCAUUGAAAUGGAUGACUUGGAUAUGGAGUAGAAGAGUAAAAAUAAAACACGAGAGACGGAUGGUGUUUUGAAAUGUUUAAAAAGUGAAAAAUCUAUUAAAUAAACUAAAUAUCUUGCUAAGU